CAACAGUAAUUAAGAUGAUCCGUGGACUCACCGUGUCAUUAGAAAGAAAACAUAAUUUAUUCUUACCUGAUACAUUUCUUUCUUAACACGGUGAGUCCACGGCCCGCACUGUUUUUCAGACAGUUUGCUUUUUUAUAAACUUCAGGCACCUCUGCACCUUAGAUUACUUCCUUUCUCCUUUCCCUUUGGUCGAAUGACUGGGGAUUGUGGGUAGGGGGAGUGGUAUUUAACAGCUUUUGCUGUGAUGCUUUUUGCCGCCUCCUGCUGGUUAGGAGUGAUAUUCCCAACAGUAAUUUAGGUGAUCCGUGGACUCACCGUGUCAGUAAAAAAACAACUGAAUUUAUUCUCACCUGAUAAAUUUAUUUAUUUCUUGACUAUUAAUACAUUGAGUUAAUCUUACAACAUUAAGGAAGGUGUCAGCAGAGGGUGAGGCUUGCAAGGUAAUUUAGAGUGCACCCUUUUACUGUUAGUAUUUUACUAUUUCCUUGUUAUCUAAAACGUAAACCUCGGGGCAUACAGUUAAAACUGGUUUAUCCACAUAUUUUGUUCACAGAACAAGUAUAUUGAUAUAUAUUCAAGCUUUGUUCCUUUUUGUCUGUUUCAAUUACUAACAGAUACAGGACUCUGCCUUGUAUACAUGAUUGUAAUUUGUAAUACUUUUAUAACCUACUUUGUUUGCUUUUAAUUAUUCCGGCUAAUUACAGGAGUUUGAGUCUCCUUGGUAGCUGGCGACCUUUCCCCGUUAACCUGUUACUGCAGCAGCUCACCUCUGGUACAACACAUAGCUGAUCUGGUGGAAGACGCAGCUUAAUACCCUAUGUACCAUCAUGGAUGACCAGUUGGAUUCCCUGAGCAUGGCCUUCACAGAAGAUCUGCAUACAGCGGAACAAUAUUCUAGGCUACAGCCAGAUCUAGAUAUGUAUCUGCUUGAUCCAAGCUGUAUACUGAUUCUGAUCGUGUCUGGAAAAAUACUCAUGAAUAUUUUUAUUUAUUGGGCAAGACAAAAGAAAUUGAGUGUCAGCUUCAUGGGGUGCUUUUGUGUCUCUUUAGCACUUGCAGAUUUUUCUCUUUUGAGCAUACUUUCAGCUAUUUACUAUUUUCAAGAUUUUAUACUUUUUGGCAUUAGGUUUACAAAUUACCACAUUUGUCUGUUUACACAGAUUAUAUCCCAUGUAUAUGGCGUUAUGCAUUAUAUUGUUUUUCUUGCAGCUGCUCUAGAUUAUUAUUUGAUAAUUGUGAAGUCUGUGAAACCUCGAAAGAUUUUUCUUCACCUAUUCUAUGGGUUUUCUAUCCUGCUUCUAUGGAUUACAGCCUUUGUCUACAUUCUUCGUUCUCCACUAACAAAGGUUGAGUUGGACAAAGCACUACAGUACCAAUGCACUUUUUAUGUCAGUAGUCAAAGUCGUGAACUAUCUGCUGCAAUUUUGUUUAUCAUUUUCUUGGUCCUUGCAUUCUGUAGUUCUGAGGUUGUGGCCUUAGUAAAAUCAGUAAAACUAAUUUCAUACACUAAGAAAACUGUAAUGCUAUUCUUAUGCGGAGACGAAUGGCCUCUCCAUGGAACAAAAAGGCUAUUAGCCACUCUAAUGAUCUCAUUCUUAGGAACGUGGGCACCAUUUGUUGUUCUUCAAAUAAUUUUAUUUCUUUUAUGCGCUUCUAUCCCAGGAUACAUGGACAUGAAUAUAGCAUGGUUAUUUUUCAUAAACAGUUUUCUACUGGGACUUGCCUAUUACAUUAAAUACCCUAAAAUACAAUUGGCCCAGGACAUCUUUUCAAUAGACCCUUUUAUCAGCUGGAAAUAUUGUCUGCUGCCAUUUCUUGACAUUAAUCAUAACAAAGAAGAGAUUGUGAAUGAGAUGCCACAUAUGAUUGUCAUUUGAUAUGUUUGUCUACUUUUUUAUUAGUGGUUUCCUUUUAUUCAAGGUAACCUCAAAGUAAUAAAAAUAUAUUUGCUAUGUACAA